AUGCAGCCAGCUACAAGAGAUCGCUAUAAAGAACUUAGUCCUGCCCUGACUCCAGAGGGCAAUGUUGUUAUGAGCUUUAGCUUUGACAGUUAUCAGCUCGAAGAAGAAGAACUGCAGACAACCGGAAACAGCCAAACACAGGGAGUUCUUACCUUAAUGGAGCCAGAAGAUCCAAACCCAGAGCCGAUGGACCGUUAUCAUGGAAUAUACUUUGCUAUGUUGCUUGCUGGAGUUGGCUUCCUGCUUCCAUAUAACAGUUUUAUUACAGAUGUGGACUAUCUGCACCACAAGUUUCCAGGCACAUCUAUAGUGUUUGAUAUGAGUCUGACCUAUAUCAUUGUAGCUUUAGCUGCUGUUGUCCUUAAUAAUGCUAUGGUGGAGCUUCUUACUACAAACACAAGGAUCACCGCUGGCUAUAUUUUUGCUUUGAGCCCGUUAAUAUUUGUUGGCAUUUGUGAUAUUUGGCUGGAGCUCUUUACAUUCAAGCAGUCCUAUGCUGUUAACCUUUUUGCUGUUGGUGUGGUGGCUUUUGGAUGCACAGUGCAGCAAUCCAGCUUUUAUGGCUAUGCUGGAAUGUUACCGAAGCGGUACACACAAGGUGUGAUGACAGGAGAAAGUACUGCAGGAGUUAUCAUCUCACUCAGCCGAAUCUUCACCAAGCUGCUGUUACCAGAUGAGAAAGAGAGCACCAUUAUCUUCUUUUUAAUUUCAAUUUCACUGGAGCUUAUUUGCUUUGUUUUGCAUGUUCUAGUGAGAAGAACAAGAUUUGUUCAAUAUUAUACAAAUAAAAGCUUAGCUAAAAACAUGAUGAAGAAUCCAGUGGAACCAAGUUUUCGUUACCAAGUGCAUCAAAAUACCUAUGUAGAAGAAGAGAGUAGAAGUGCUGCAGCUGAAAAUAGCAUAGAGCUACAGUCAGAUGUAACAGCUAGAAGAACAUAUGUCAGGUUUGAUGUUCCAGUACCUAAAGUAAAAAGCAGUUGGCCCAAGUUCAAAGAUAUGAUAUUUCAUCGCUAUCAGGUGUUACAGGUAAUCUGGGCAUACAUGCUGUCUAUCUCUGUAACAUACUUCAUUACUCUGUGCCUUUUUCCUGGGUUGGAGUCAGAAAUCAGGAAUUGUACAAUGGGAGAAUGGCUUCCUAUCCUCAUAAUGGCAGUAUUUAACCUGUCAGACUUUGUAGGAAAGAUACUGGCAGCUGUGCCAUACAACUGGAGUGGUGUUAAUCUCCUCAUCUGUUCCAGCACUCGUGCUAUAUUUAUUCCACUUUUUAUAAUGUGUGUGUACCCAAGUGGAAAGCCAACCUUUAGCCACCCUGCCUGGCCAUGCAUCUUUUCCCUGCUUAUGGGAAUAAGCAAUGGGUAUUUUGGCAGUGUACCUAUGAUACUGGCAUCAGGACAAGUAGUGCCGGAACAAAGAGAGCUGGCAGGAAAUACCAUGACGGUUUCGUACAUGACUGGACUAAUGCUAGGGUCAGCUGUAGCUUAUUUUGCCUACAGUUUAUCUAGUACUUCCCACAGUAUUUGCUUCCAUCCAGAGACCUACAACAGUUCACUGCCUCCAGAGCUUUGA